AUGAGCCAGCCGCCCGUCCGUCGCUCCAGCCUAGGCAUGUUGCUCCGACGCAGUAAAUCCGGUGACCUGGGGAAGGGCGGUAAGAAAGCCCAAGCCCUGAGGGAGCAGGAACUCGAACGCCAGCGCCAGCAGGCCGCCAUCUCCAGGAAUCCCCCCAAGCUGCCCGACUUCUACGACGCCCACGACCAGCUUCCUCUCUCCAACUCCAUCCCCUCCGACCUGCGCACCGACGCCGGCUCUGUCUACUCUGACGAUCACCGCGGUGGCGGCAUGUACACCACCUCUCGUCCCUCUAUGGAGCCCGCCUACAGCGUCGGCAGCGCUCCCCCGGUCCCCCCCAUCCCCAGCAACGCCUACGACCCCUAUGCUCGCACCGAGAGCAUGACCCAUCGUGGCCGCUACAGCUAUGCCAGCAGUGCCAUCAGCACCAUCAACAGCCCCAGGCGGGUCAGGAGACGCAAGGAUCCCACUCCCUUCAACAUCCUCAUCAUCGGCACACGUGGCGCCGGCAAGACCUCCUUCCUCGAGUUUCUGAAGACCAGUCUAGCCCUCCCUCCGAAGAAACGAUCCCGCCGCGGCGAGAUCGAGGAGGAAGCACCUCGAGUGGCUGCGUCUGGCAACUUUAUCCCCCAUUACCUCGAGACGGAAAUCGAAGGGGAGCGUGUCGGCCUUACACUUUGGGACUCGGAGGGUCUGGAAAAGAAUGUUGUCGAUCUCCAGCUCCGCGAGAUGUCGGCGUUCUUGGAAAGCCGGUUCGAGGAAACCUUUGCCGAAGAGAUGAAGGUUGUGCGAUCGCCUGGCGUUCAGGAUACCCACAUUCACGCUGCCUUUAUGGUUCUUGACCCUGCUCGGCUUGACCGCAACCUGGCGUCCGCCAAGGCCACCUCAGCCAAUGGCCACGGCGGCAAGCCGCUUCUCAACCGCGUGUCCGGCGGCCUCGACGAGGAUCUCGAUCUCCAAGUCCUACGUACCCUGCAGGGCAAGACGACGGUCAUUCCCGUUGUCUCCAAAGCCGACACCAUCACGACGAAGCAUAUGCAAGUUCUGAAGAAGGCUGUCUGGGACAGCCUGAAGAAAGCUAAUCUGGACCCCCUGGAGGCUCUCGGCAUGGGCGACGACGAUGACGACUCUUCGGACCGUAUCGAAGAGGCCGACGAGGACGCGCUCGAGGAUGAUUCCGACCAGUCUCCCGAAGACGAUGAUCUGCCAAUCCAAGGCGGUGACGAGGUGGUCCGGUCCGUGCCAUCUUCGCCAUCGGCCAAGAGACUGUCCGGCCAAUCCAUCCGCCGCCACAAAGCCAAGGAGGAGGAGAAGCAAGAGAAGGACGAAACUCCCUUCCUGCCUCUUUCCAUCAUCAGCCCAGAUCUGUAUGAGCCUGAAAUUGCCGGACGGCAGUUUCCGUGGGGGUUUGCCGACCCUUAUGACGAGCAGCACUGCGACUUUAACAAGCUCAAAGAAGCCGUCUUCACCGAAUGGCGGGCGGAGCUUCGCGAGGCCAGCCGCGAGCAGUGGUAUGAGGGCUGGAGGACAUCCCGCCUCAAGAGCAGGGACCCGGCGAACCGCCGACGAUAG